AUGGCGUUUGGGUUCCGACUGGAGACGGGGUCUGGCUUCUGGGCCGCGGGCGAGACGGGCGACUUUCAGGGCACGCGAGGGGGGAAGAAGGCAGCGCCGCCCAGACGGCCUCCGUCUAGUCCUUUGGAGAGAGAGGGGUGGCGAGGAGGGCCCCCUCGGGUAAUUUUCCGCCGCUACCCGACCAAAAGGCACCCCCGCCUGCCCCCGCUGAGCCCCGAGAAGCCCGCGCUGUGCGCCGGCUGCGGGGGCAAGAUCGCCGACAGGUACUACCUGCUGGCGGUGGACAAGCAGUGGCACCUGCGCUGCCUCAAGUGCUGCGAGUGCAAGCUGGCCCUGGAGUCCGAGCUCACCUGCUUCGCCAAGGACGGCAGCAUUUACUGCAAGGAGGACUACUACCGGAGAUUCUCCGUGCAGAGAUGUGCCCGCUGCCACCUGGGCAUCUCCGCCUCCGAGAUGGUCAUGCGCGCGCGCGACGCCGUCUACCACCUGAGCUGCUUCACCUGCUCCACCUGCAGCAAGACGCUGGCCACGGGCGACCACUUCGGCAUGAAGGACGGCCUGGUCUACUGCCGCGCGCACUUCGAGAGCCUCCUGCACGGAGAGUUCCCGGCGCCGCUGAGCUACACGGAGCUGGCGGCCAAGGGCGGCGGCCUGGCGCUGCCUUACUUCAAUGGCACGGGCACCGUGCAGAAGGGGCGGCCUCGCAAGCGGAAGAGCCCGGCCCUGGGAGUGGACAUCGUCAAUUACAGCUCAGGUUGCAACGAGAACGAGGCCGACCCCCUGGACCGCGACCAGCAGCCCUACCCGCCCUCGCAGAAGACCAAGCGCAUGCGCACCUCCUUCAAGCACCACCAGCUGCGGACCAUGAAGUCCUACUUCGCCAUCAACCACAACCCGGACGCCAAGGACCUCAAACAGCUCGCCCAGAAGACCGGCCUCACCAAGCGAGUGCUGCAGGUUUGGUUCCAAAACGCACGAGCCAAAUUCCGAAGGAACCUCUUGCGGCAGGAGAAUGGGGGUGUGGAUAAAGCCGAGGCUGUGCCCUCGAGCAUGGACAGCCGCGAGCCCUCCAGCCCCUCCCAGACCACCUUAACGAGCCUUUUCUAA